GGACGUCGACGAAAGUUCUUGAUCCGCACCCUCCUUCCACCAAAAUAUAAACAAAACUGAUUGAGCCAUGGCGCUAGUGCGAACUGUUUCUCGAAAAGUCUCCACGAACCUCAGCAUAAUUCCGGCAUUUACAGCUUCUCAGAAUUUCUAUCAUCCUAAUGUUCUAGACCACUACGAGAAUCCUCGAAAUGUGGGCUCACUCGACAAAAGCGACACUCAAGUGGGUACAGGACUAGUUGGAGCACCUGCAUGCGGAGAUGUCAUGAAGUUGCAGAUCAAAGUUGACGAAAAUGGCAAAAUCGUUGACGCCAAAUUCAAGACAUUUGGAUGUGGCUCAGCAAUAGCUUCUAGCUCUUUGGCAACAGAGUGGGUCAAGGGAAAAACAAUUGAAGAAGCUUCAAUGCUGAAAAACACAGACAUUGCCAAGGAAUUGUGUCUACCUCCUGUAAAGCUCCACUGCUCAAUGUUGGCCGAAGAUGCCAUCAAAGCAGCUCUGUCUGAUUACAAGGUGAAACAGAAGAAGGUCUAGGUACCUGAUAGUAGUAUAAAAAAUGAAUGACUGAGGAUAAUGUAAUUAUGUGAAAUUAUCCAAGUUUGAUUCAUUUUAAGCAUUCUUAAUCUUAAGUAAAAUCUUGUCUAUUUGAAAAAUUAAGUGGUGCUUUAAUUAUUUUUUAGUAAAGUUUUGCAAUUUUACCCUACCUUGCAAAUAUAAAUGGAAAUAAAAAUUUAGUUACAAGAA